AUGUGCAAUCAAGAGCAAUCCGGUAGGGCAUUUCGUUGAAAUAAAUAAAUAAAUAAAUAAAUGAAUAAGUAGAUAAAUAGGUAAGCUAUAUAGGUAUGUGCCGCCCCAUCGGGUAGGGUUUUUGUGCAGUUUUGGUCUGAAAACGGGUAUGGUUUUUGAGGGAACUACGAGAUUGUAUGAACGUCUUUAUCAUUUCAAUUCCAAAUGAGUAAGAAAGAAAGAAAAAUAUGCGAAUUCGAAAUGGAUUUGAAGGAUUAUUUUGUUUGCGCUCUAAUCUAAGUAAUGAUAACAUAAUUUCUGCCUAAUGGCCAGGUCUGGAGACGGGUAUGGAUUUUAGAGGUCUGGUCUGAAAACGAGUGUGGAAAAUGACAUUUUUUGGUCUGAAAUCGGGUCAGGAUUUGGAGAGCCGGGGGGCACCAGGAGCCGCCUCCAAGCCGUUCCCAGGAGUACCCCCCGGGGGUCCAUAUAUUUAAUAGGGAGCUUAAGCAACGACGCCGGGCGACGGCAACUAAAAGGGCAAAAAAGCAGUAGGUUUAUAGUAGAAAAACAAAAACUUCGCACUUGCAUCACGCUUUUUUGUUCAUUUCUUUGCCGUCAUUGCACGGUUUUGUCAAGGACGGGAACCUCAGACAACAACUUUCUUUUUCUUUUCCUGAACUUUGAUACACUACUUAUUAAGAAUUCAACUUCAAACAAUUUGCCAACAUUUGAUGAAUUUAACGAGAUGGAAUAAGCGCGAUAAAGUUUGAGGCAACAUGAAUUCAAUUUUUUAGUGACGUUUUUGUAGCCGUCGCCGUCGUUGUUGUAUACUGGUCAGGAACCCAUAACUAGGAGCGAGUAACUUCCAUGCGCUCGCAUCACGGGGUUUUCACGGACCAGUUUAUUUUUAGAACGGUUUUGGCGCGAAUUUUGAAUAUCUUUUAAAUUCCACAAACCAGUCAGCAAAACCUACAGACCUAAAAAUGAUAUUUUUUGCCUUUUGAUAACGUUUAGUUUUCCUUUUUGAUAUCUUAUACUUCGAGUGCGCUCAUAGACAUGGUGGACAGUUCUUUUUUAGCGGGAAAACGUGCCCUAAAAUGUGUCUAAAAAUAAACUGGUCCGUAAAAACGCCGUGACAUAGGCCUAGUGUGGGAGUUGCUCGCUCCGAGUUCUGGGCUCCUGACUGGUGUAAUAUCCUUUGAGGGUAAAAGUAGCGGUGUACACGAGCCAACAACCCAAACGGCCGGAGGUUAAUUAUCCCGGUUUCCUUAGCAUGAAGCAUGCCUAGGAGAUACGAGUGGUAUUAGGUAUUAUUAUAUAAACACCAAUGAAAUACCAAGUGAGCUUUCGCGCGAAAACGUGAUAUCUUCACAUCUGAAAAUAACAUGUUUUAUUUUUUUUCUGAGCUUGCGAGGGGGCGGAAUCCUCGAAAUCCUGCAAUCUGAUUGGUUCCGAGAGCGGGCAGUUUUUUCGAUCUUGCCCGCUAACCCGGGCGGAAUCGUUGACAGCUUCAUUCACAAGUUUGUUUGUUGUUGUGAAUGAGCAAAACCGGUGAUUCAGAACCAUUUUUCUUUUAAAACUUGCGCUAUUAUCAGCGUUAGCUAGGGAAAAGUGAAUUUUGUUAUUCAGACAAAACAGAGUACCGGGGGAACUCGCAAAUUGUCUAUUGCCUACGGCCUCGGGCGGUACUCAAGACCUCGGGCACAGUUUCUCCCAAUACGGACCUCCCAGCCGGUGAAUAACAUAUGACCACAUAUGUAUCUUCACACGUGAAAAUAUCGCCAUUGCUAUGGCUUCAUAAUAAACCGCACCUUUCAGACCAAAAAACUUUUUCAGUAAAAUGGUUUGGCAUUUCAUUGGUGUUUAUAUAAUAAAUAGAAUAUUACAUGGUCGCUUGGAGAUACGAAAUUUCUCUUCUCGUGUUGAAAAAAAUAUUUCACUCGUUCGCUCCGCUCACUCGUGAAAUAUUUUUCAACACUCGAAGAGAAAUUUCGUAUCUCCGCGCGAACAACGCGACGAGCGAGGCUUGAACCCCAGAUCUCCAGAUCCGGAGUUCGAGGUGUUAACCGCUCUGCCACACACGCGCGUCUCCACGCAAUAAAUGAAACUGCAACAAUAGACCAUUUGCGAGUUCCCCGGGCCUCUGUUUCAAACCGAGGUUAUGUGCUCAGCCUUCGAUAUGGAAAUGAUUUUUCAUUCUCAUACAAAUAAAACUCAUUUUCACAAGAAAGGUUGCGCACCUAGCCUCAGUUUGAAAGUGAGGGUUUUUGGAACUCGGAAGUGGCCUAUUCUCCUUGCCAGUCCUUGGUAUAUCCUGUAGCAUCUCAUAUCGGCCAUAGAAAUAAUGUUAAAGUGUUUAAAAUGUUUAUAACAACUAAGCAUAGAGUUCUUUAGGGCUUCACAAAUUAAAAUAGUUUAAGAGAUCUUAAGUUAGUUAAAUUGGUCGGGCUGGGGAAACGAGAAACAGCGAAUUUUAGGGACCGCAAGCCAUAUUGGGUGGUAUUGUCAGAGGAUACGUAAAGAUUACUAGAGUAUGAUUGGCGCGUUGCAUAGAACUGAAGUAGUAAAUUUAAAAUACUCAUUGAAACGGCUUUGAUUUUCAAGGUAAGGUAAGACAAAAAGAGUUCUUGGUUGUAAAAACGAUAAGAAAAUUUCUUGGUUUUUCAGUGAUUCAUUAAUAUUAAAAGACGUUUCAUUUACAACAGUUUAAAAAAGAGAUUCAUCGUUCUUAGCUUGGUAUGUGAAAGGGUUAUCAUUUCUCAACACACUCAGGAAACUGAGGGGUACCUUUAAUUUCAGAAAUGGUACUAUUUAAAGACCUAUAAAAAGGAUUAGAGGUUGGAUCUCAAUACGGAGCUUUCCUGUUAAAGAAUUCGUUUAGUCCCCCUUCCCCCCUCCCCGAAGUUGCAUAUAAAUUUCAAGAGAUUUUUGUAGGAAAUUUGCUAUUCCAUUCUCGUUCUCUUUCUCUGUUUCUGUCUCUCUUGGCUUUGUUUUGGUUUAUCUAACUACAUGUGGUCCGUUUCUUUUGUGAUGGAACCUUUUCUGUUUGUUUUAUCUUCGUCUAUUUUUGUCUAUCUCUGUUGAUAUCCGAUUGACUGUUAGUUUUUCUCUUCAAUUUAGGUUCCAAGGAGAAUAAAAGCAUCACUAAAAAAUUAAAGGAGAAGGCAGCUUUGGGACUGUGGUGGCUGCUUGCUAUUCCUAUUCUGCCAUUCUUCUAUCUCUCUGGUCUGCAGGCCAAUUGGCGAAAGCCAAUAGAUCCUGCGCUGGUAGUCAAGAUCCUGUUUUUUCAGUUUUAUUUGCCUGCCAUAGAUGUACUGACGGAUUUCUGGACAGGAGCUACUUUUUUCACCAGCUGCCAUGUUCUUUUCGGAUGGUAUACUAUCUCUGUAACUUUUCUUCCAUUUUUUGGUAAGCUUUUGUCCGAGAUUACCCAAAUAAUAAAAAUUAAACGAAAGCAAGGUAACAUGUUUAAUGCUAUGUGGAAAUUUCUGAUCAGAGAUAAAUUGAAGCAAGUAUUGGUGCAGUUGCCAUUCAUACAGCCUGGCGUCACUUUAAGUCAGAUCAAGCAGUUAUCUAAACUAUCUGCUGAGGACGUCGAAGCGGAGAAGAUUCUCUUUCGAAUGGCGAGCGACAGGGUCUGGGAACCAUUCCUGGAGGCCGGACCUCAACUCACUCUGCAAUUACUGAUCGUUUGGCAGACGGGAGAGGUUACAUCUAUACAAUGUGUCACAAUGCCUGUAAGUUGUUUUGCCUUGUGCUGGGCUGCAGCAUCGACAUUUUUUAAUAGUAGAGUCGACCACGGCAUCGCCAGUCCUCCAAUUAUCAGUAACCUGAUUGUCACAGCCAUAGUCUCUCUGCUUGUUAUACCGCGGAUUCUCUAUUUUUCAAUCAUGGCAUAUUUAUCAGGAUACUGGGUCGCGAUUACAAUCAUGAGCACGAUUGCUGUCGUCUGGAUAGCUCUGAAGUUUUUCUCAGUUAAAGAGCCAAAACCUAAGAUGAAAUACGAUCGGGUUAAAAAAGAAUACGUCGAGGACCCUUGCAAGGGAUUCAAGCCAUUAAUGGAUGAGAUUAGACUGAAAAGCACCUUUUUAUCUGUGUUUGCACCAACUGUUGUUGGAUUCAAAAGAUCCAAAAUACUUUUGGUUUCUUCAGUUGCGUCCAUCACUACGGUACUGUGCUCCCUUGUAUCUUUAUGGCUUUACUUGUCGUUUGGCAGAUGGGGACACGCUAACAGCCCUAGUUUCCAGUCCUUGUCUUGCUCCUCAGAAAAGGCAUGCCUGAGGUGUUCAUUAAAUGAAACCGACGUCUUGCGUUGCUCAAAAGUAUCGUGGCCAACAGAACACAACAUCAGCGAGCAAAUCAUUCAAUACAGUUGGCAGUGUGGAAUCAAAAUAUGCAAAACUCGAUGCUGUGACAGCGGUGAACCCAAUGACAACUUGGUAUUUGGCUGGUUCCCAGCUCUCUUUUGUCUCAUGGUUUUGUCUGCUGAGUCUUCACUCAUCCUUGAAUAUAUGACCGACUUUAUCAGGCUGGAAAAAUGGAUCCCUUUAAAACAUAACAUUUUCCUCAGCUUGGCGAUUGAGCUUGAGGAGAAAAAAGAGGCUGACAACGAGGCUUUAAUGAAGAAGUGUUGCAUACUUUGGACAAACUACAUAAAAGAUGAAAAGGACGACUCAAAACUAUGCCGUUACGUCGGGGAAGGACAAAAAGUUGAUGAACCAAUCAUCACAGCUCAGCGUAAAGGAUGUUCUAGGAUAAACUUUGUCACAGCUACAGUGAACGAGAUGGUAGAUAUGCUCAGAUAUCCGUCACGUCAUAAGAAGGCCUUACAGUCAUGUCAGACGGAAAACAGUACAAAGGAUCACCAUGGCGAUAUGGAUUUAAGCAAAAAACAAAUUUUGGACGCGUCGAAGAUUGGUGAUGUAAAACAAGUCUACAAACAGCUGGAAGGAGACGUAGACAUUGAUGUGCAGUGUCCAGACACAGGCAAUACAGCUCUCAUGUUUGCUGCUGAAAAAGGCGACAAACCUAUAACAGAAUUGCUACUAAUGGAGCAGGCCAGUGUUUUCUUAAUCAACAAUCGAGGCCUCAGCGCACUUACUUUGGCCCACGAAAAGGGUCAUACAGCUAUUGUCAAUAUGAUCUGUACAAGACUGGCAGAAGACAAAGAAUUAGACGCUCAUAUGCUUCAUGCAAGUGAAGAAGGAGAUCUAGCAACCGUUCUGGCGCUACUGAGCUUUGACACGAAUCUUUUUUUUGUGGUAGACAAAAUGCAUGGGAAAUCGAGCCUGCACCUUGCCGCUGAGAAAGGCCACUUUAACGUUGCCAGUUUCCUAUGUGAAAUGAUGCGCCUUAAACCUGAAGCGAUUAUGGAGAAGAACAAAUACAAAAUGAAUUACAUUCAUUCAACUUGUUUGGGUGGUAGCCUUGACCUCCUGCGACUGCUUCUGCCACUAAUUGAAAAGAUGAAUCGCGACGCCAUUGCUGAGACAGAUGUCAACGAACGCACUGCUUUGUGGUUCGCUGCCCGAAAAGGACACCUGGAAAUUGUUCGAGAACUUUUACCCAUUUUUUCCAGCAUCGAUCCUCAGAGUAUCAUCGCAAGAAAGACAGACGGCUCGAACGCCCUUAUGGCCGCAGCAUUCUUCGGCCACACGGAAACCGUGCGAGAACUCCUCCCUGUCUUCAAAAACAUCGAUCCCUCAAGCCUCUUCGAGACGUACCAUGACUGUGACGACGCCGGCAAAAACUUAAUCUCAAUCGCAGAACAUUACGGCCACGUGGAAACCAAACAAGUGAUUGAAGACUUCAUGAGAUCAAACAAUCUAUCGCACCCUACUGCAGGUCUUACGAUUAACAGAAAUUACUUGGUCGACAUUAAUCAGGUACACUUACAAAUAGAGACUUCAGUAUAG